CUGACACUUGCAGGGAAACUCCGGCGUCCCGUCGGGGCCAACGACGUCGAACAUCGCCGCCCCGGAUCCAAACGGAUCGGCCUCGGACCACCCUGGGACCCGAUCGGAACGAGGACUUGCCCAGAUCCGCGCGCUGCGUGCGCGUUCGUGGCGGAGCCCAUGUCAACGGUUCUGCCGGAGAUCUCGGGCUCCAGAUCACCAGAGGGCAAGAGCAAGAAGAAUGCAUUGAGUUCCAAGUUCCAGCCGACCUCGCAGGCGCGCCAUGGUUACCUUGGCCACUUAUGCCUUCAAAAUUCCCAGGAGGAUCCUGCACAAGCCUUGCGGAACAUCACAGCGCUCGAUGCUCCAAGUUUCCUACCCAACGUCAUGACGCUGCAGAGGGCCUCCACGCCGUGGCAGUACAACACGCCGUGCCGGCAGCUGGAGGGGCCGUUGCCCACCGAGUCCUCACAGAUGGGUGAUGAGUCGCCCAGCAGAGGUAGCCAGAUGUUGAACUCGACCAGUCGGCAGAGCAUCUCCGCCUCCGCCUCUGCGCCCAUGCCUGCGAACUACGUCCGGCGGAUCCGACGCAAGGCACAGCUCUCCAGGAAUGCGCACGACUACAGGCAGCAGAUCGCGGAUCUCAAGAUGCUCGCGGACUCUGCCAGUCGUUCAGGCAACGUCUAUCAGGCUUUGCAGGCCUACCACAAGAUGGGUGUGGUUUUUGACAACCAGGGCAUGUAUGAUGAGGCCAUUAUGAAGUACAAACAGUUCUUGGCGCUGUGCAUUACCUCCAAGAACACUCAGGGCGAGGCAUUAGCGUACAACUGCCUGGGCAUUGACUGCUUCAAGAUGGGGCAGUAUGACGAGGCGAUCCAGUAUCACAACAAGCACCUGGAAUUGGCUGAUAGCACUGGCCGCUUGAUCGCCCAUACCAACCUGGGCAUCGUGUUCCAGGCCAUGGGGCUCUCGGAACAUGCGGCCAUCCAUCAUCAGCAUGCCAUCGAGUAUGCCAAUCGCAUGGGCUCAAAGGAUGCUCAGUGCUUCACAGUGGGAAACCUUGGGAUUGCCUCAGCAGCCCAAGGGGAUUUGCAGACCAGUCGGAUCUGCCUCCAGUACCACUUGAGCUCCGCGCAACGUGGGUCCAAGUCCAUGGCUGCUGACAACAAGUUUGCUCAGAAUACCCUCAAAGAGGUGAGCAAGAAUGCCUAUCAUCGGCUGGGCCAGGUCAAUGCCACGGACGGCCGCUUCGACGAGGCGGCCGACCACUUCGCGAAGGCGAUGGAGGUCGCCAAGUCCGCCAAUCAGCAGAAGGACGAGGAAGUUUCACUGGCCAUGCUGGGGAUUGCCCGUGGCAUGUUGAGCUUUGAUGAGCACUGUGCAGCCUUAGUCAGACAUGCUGAGGAGGCUGCCAUCGAUGCGGACGACGUGCGGAACGCAACGUGAGGGUGUUCUGCUCCAGACAUUGCACAGCGAUGUCACGUCUCCCAGCAUGACACAGGAAAAUGACAUGUCCAUAAAUUGUCC